AUUUUCUCUGGUGAGAAUCGGGUAACGUUGGAGCUCUCAACUGUCGCAUUUUCUCUAUAAUUAUUUUUUAUAGAGGUUUAUGUCGUCGUGUUGUCUCGGCCAACCAUGUCGACUCACAGAGAAGGCGUCAAUCCCUUGAGGCCGUACUACAUCCCUCCCACAAUUGGAGAAGCCGCCGAGACAGUCAAUAAGUCGAGCCCUAGCCCAAACCCAUUCCCCGAUGGACGACAUGUGACUGCAGCUGGUGAAAGAUAUGCCUCCAAAGCACGCGAUAUUCUCUCCGACCUCGAAUACAAUGAUUAUCUAGGCGAUACCUCCCCGUCUAUGGUCCAGAAUGUCAAGGACCUUAUCGACGAGCUGCUAUGGAAGUACACCUCAGUGCUCAUGGCCCAACCUUUCGAGGUGGCAAAGACAUUGCUUCAGGUCCGGAACCAGGAUGAAAAUGCUGUAUAUGAAACUCCUGUUGAGCCGGAGACGCCUAAGAGACAGCCCUCUUUUCAUGGAAGCUCUAUGUACGGCGGUUUCGGAGACUCAGAUUCUGAAGGCGAGGAACCUGCCUAUUUCACAUCUCACGUACCAUCGACUCCCAGUCCUUCGACUCCUAGAAGCUCGCACGGUCGACGAGCUCCCUCUCCUGUUAAGAAACCGAAUGUUCCGGAACAUUACCUCACACUUCGCCGACCAGAUUCGAUUCUUGAAGUGAUCGGGCAGCUAUGGGGAAAAGAAGGUGCUUGGGGUGUAUGGAAGGGAUCAAAUGCAACAUUUCUCUAUACGGUGUUGCAGUCGCUGCUGGAAAACUGGGGUAGAAGUUUUCUCAGUGCGAUUUUCAAUGUCCCGGACAUGGGCGUUAGAGAGGACAUUGAUCGCAUGAUCGAUAUCGCCUCGCCGUAUCCUUGGGCGUCGCUCUUUGUUGCCGCGACUGCUGCCGUGGCUACAGGACUCGCUCUCUCACCAUUAGACUUGGUGCGAACUAGACUUAUCGUCACUCCGAGCUCAAACGGCCAGCGCAGGACGCUAGCCACCCUCAGAAACCUCCCCUCAUACCUCUGCUCGUCGAUGCUAGUAUUGCCAACCGUCCUCAACUCAUUGAUCCAUCCUCUUAUCACUCUCUCAACACCCCUGGUUCUCCGAACUCAGUUCAUGAUCGACAGCCAGGUCUCGCCAAUGACCUUUUCUAUCGCCAAAUUUGUCGCCUCAUCAUCUGCAAUCCUGCUCAAGCUUCCUAUUGAGACUGUCCUUCGACGUGGUCAGGUUUCGGUUCUGUCAAGCCACGAAUAUGUGCAAGCACUUAGCGGUCCUGACCAACAAUUCACAACUAUUGUCCCCCCAGGACGUUAUGAAGGCACUUUUGGCACCAUGUUCCAUAUCGUGAACGAAGAGGGAACUCACGAGGUCGCCAGCACGAAACCAGCCGUAGCAAAGAAAGGCAAGGCUAAGACUAAGGGUGUUGCCGCCACAGUCUACAAGGGCCAGGGUCGCGAGGGACUCUGGAGAGGCUGGAAGGUCAACUGGUGGGGACUUGUUGGUCUUUGGACUGCCAGCGUGGUUGGCCAUGGCGGGGAAGGCGAGUUCUAAGACGGCACAAUGAUGAAUGUUUGUGGUGUAUGCACUGAGGUGCAUUUUCCUGGCAUGGCGUUGCGGUUGGGAUGUAUCUCUCCCCUACGAGCUUGACGAAGAGACGGCAUGAUAUCCACCUCCAUCUUUCUAAAAAUGGUGUAAAAUGACAAAAGGGGUUGUUUUCUAGUAGUUCACAAUAUUUAUAUCCAAACGACAGAUCACAACUCUUGAAUAUCUUACGAAUUUCUGUUCACUUGACAGUCAAGUGAGAUUUCGGCUUGAUAGAUUUCUUUUGCUUAGCAAGCUAGGUGCUGAGCCUGCCCUUAAUUUCAGUCUUUCUCGACUGCCCGAUCCGAUGCUCUCAUACUUGUCAGCCAGCCUUCGGCAUCCCGGGACUCUAAUUCAGCCGUCUCAACUCCAAGUGGCGUACGGGUUGCUGCAGGUCAUUGACCAACGCCUCUCCAAUGAGUACGCACAGUCGGAAUACCCCAUAUUGAAACAACGGCUGCAAGCCCCUGUCAUGUUCUGUUCCGUUUGCAUGCAGAUAGAAACAGCACCCUAUUCGUCUAGAGACCAAGUUGACGCCUUGGUUCAGCCUCUUCCCCCUGAUUCAAGCAGUCAUAAUACGGCGUUCACCGCUGACUCUAGUUUCUCGUCUGAUGUAUCUCCUACUGUGGCUGUUUCUUGGCCCUGUGGAAAUCUUGUCUGGGAAUGUUGUACAGAUCAGGGGAUAAAGGUUGACAGCCGAAGGGGAGACCAAUCAUGAUACAGCCGAUACAUCCUUCGGGUGUUGAUUCGCCAAGAAACAGGAUAACUACAUCGGAGGAAAGCUCCUAUGUGCCUUUAAUCAAGGUAAGGUUAUCGUUGGUGUGGAGGAG